CGCCCUUUCUUGUGUACGGGAUUUGUGCUUUCGAUAUUGUACACAACGAACCUCUGCUUUCUUCAAUCUUCAAACAAAAUCCUAUUUUCUUCACUUCAACUUCUGAGCACAGACCUACUUGUCCUCCCACUACUUGUCCUACUUGUCCUCCCACUUUUUUUCCCUUUUUUGAACAUCUUAUCUUGUCUUUUACUGGAACACCACCUCCACUCCCCCACUGAGAGUCAUGCCAGUGAGUACGGAACAGUGGAGGGCAGCUGUAGGGGCAAUGGCUAGGUCUGCAGCUCCCAAGCCACGGAGCCCCAUUGGUCCCCACUGGAACAAGUGGUUGAAGGCCAGCGAUCCUGUGGCCUACAAAGGAUGUGUGUUUCUGUUGGUGACCAUAGCACAGCUUGUCCGGUCUGGUCUGGAGCAGGCA